UCCGUGUUUAGCGUUCAAGGCAGUUUUCGUUUCGGAACAGCAACAUGGCGCAGCUGAAAACAAAACGUUCCUGUAAACUGUUAUGUCAAACUAAUUCACCUUCAUGUAAAUUAUCAUGUAGUCAUCUUUUCCAACCACUCCUCUCAAUAAUAUUAGUCAGCUCCAUCGCAAGUUCUGCUGUAGCAGAAACAGAGACAGGCGUCCUGACAAUAACAGAUGCUAACUGGACGGUCACUAUGGAUGGCGAGUGGAUGAUAAAGUUUGUUGCUCCCUGGUGCCCGGCAUGUGCCCAGCUGAAGGAGCAGUGGGAGAGAUUCUCCAGCCUGGCAGCAGCCAUGGGGGUUUCUGUAGGAGAAGUGGACGUCACUGAACAGCCUGGUCUCAGUGGACGAUUUUUGGUUACCACACUGCCAACCAUUUUCCAUGUAAAGGAGGGUAGCGUGAGGAGGUAUGUGUCUGUCCGUGAGGCGGAGGAGUUCCAUACAUAUGUCUCUAACAGGAGGUGGGAGGAGGUGGAACCACUGCCUUCAUGGAAGUCUCCUACUUCUCCUCUGAUGAGCUGCAUGGCCGGACUCUUCAGGCUUUCACUGUGGAUCCGGUGGACUCAUGGGUAUCUGACAGGGGAUUUGGGCAUGCCGGUGUGGGGCUCCUACCUCUCCUUUGCCAUGGCAACACUUGUCACUGGGCUGCUGAUGGGACUGGUGCUGGUCCUGGUUGCAGAUUGCCUCUGUCCUUCCCGACAGAAGCGGAAGGAGGAGAGAGCAGGAGUGUGUGUGAGUAUGGCGGAGAAGAGGCAAGCGUCGGAGGCAGAUGAGGGUGAGGGGUCUAACGAGGAGCCAGAGACACUGAGACAGAGGAGAGGACAGGCUAAACGUACCUCCUAACCAGUGGUUGGAACCUAAAUUAUCUUCCAAUCGUUUCGUUCUGAACAGAACCAUUAUUUUUUUUGUUACAUUCCACUGUUUUCCGACCAGCAAAAUAAAGUUCUGAACCGGUUCGAACCAAAUAAAAGUAACAGUUUAUAUUGUU